AUGACAAUUCGUACCGAUACAAGAAACAAUAAAUGGUUUUGCGAAGCAAACUCACAAUUCUGGCCAGGUCAAGAAUUUUCUAUUGAAAUCGAAGAAAUUCUUUAUCAACAACGAUCAAAAUAUCAAGAUGUUCUUGUAUUUAAAAGUAAAACGUAUGGAAAUGUGCUUGUAUUGGAUGAUUGCAUUCAAUGUACGGAAAGAGAUGAGUUUGCUUAUCAAGAAAUGGCUGCCUUUCUUCCUUUACUCUCGCAUCCCGAUCCGAAACGAGUACUGAUAAUCGGCGGAGGGGACGGAGGUGUUAUUCGUGAAGUAGUAAAACAUCCACAAGUCGAAGAAGUUAUUCUGUGUGAAAUCGAUGAAGAUGUGAUUGAUGUCAGCAAAAAAUAUCUUCCGAAUAUGGCGCAAGGAUUUGCUAAUUCAAAAGUUACCGUUAUUAUUUGUGAUGGAUGUGAAUAUCUUAAGCAACAUACGAAUGAAUUCGACGUUAUCAUUACAGAUUCAUCAGAUCCAGAUGGUCCAGCUGAAGUUUUAUUUGAAGAACCUUACUAUUUACUAAUGAAAGCAGCACUUAAACAACCAUAUGGUAUAAUCUGUUGUCAAGCGGAAUGUAUUUGGUUAGAUUUACCUCUAAUUAAAAAACUAGUGAGAAUCGGUAGUCGUCUUUUUCCAUCUGUUGCCUAUGCAAAUGUAUCAACACCAACAUAUCCAUGUGGAGCACUUGGUUUUCUUGUUUGCAGUCUGAAUGAAAAUGCAAAAUUAACAGAACCAAAUAAUAUAAAACUUGCAAAUGAACUUAAUACAAAAUAUUAUACAGCAGAUAUUCAUCGUGCCUGUUUUGCUCUGCCUGCAUUUGUUCGCAAAGAACUUGAAGACAUGAAUAAAUGA